UUUGAGGAUAGUGAAUGAUGGAUAAAGAGAAGGAUAUCCAUUGACAACGUCAACCGAAGAUAUUUUGGUAUCAAACUACAAAAAAUAAAAACGGUUGUAAAAAAAGCCCCUAUUUUUAGUUCAUGCUUGUCCAAUACCUGUAAUUUCAUUACCAACCAAAAAACAAGGGCAAAAUUAGCCAUUUUGUACCCUUUUUGAUACUUUGAUUGGUGACAGUUUUCCCUGUUGUCACCACCUCUCCCUCUUCUCUUUGUUCCUCUUCCUCCAUUGCCAAUUGCAGCAGUUGAUGAUGAGGAAAAAAGAACAAACAAACAUUGUCCCAUUUCUCAUAAAAAUAUAAUCCCAAAUUUCAUUACAAUUUAGAUUAGUUCAUAUAUAGUUCCAUCAACCCAUUUGGGUAAAACAUAACCAAUAUUAAUCCCAUAAAAGAAGAAGAAGAAAAAGAAGAGUAGAUUGUGAGGUUAACCAUUUUGGUGGCAAGAUGAAUGACUUAAUCUCGAGUUCGUUCAAGAAAUACACAGACCUGAAAGAACAGGCUUACCUGGACGAAAUGGAGGCCGGAACCGAGAGUGUAAACCUCGAUAAAUUCUUUGAAGAUGUUGAGAAUGUAAAGGAAGAUAUGAAAGGUGUUGAAAGGUUGUACAAGGCAUUGCAAGAGGCUAAUGAAGAAUGCAAGACCGCCCAUAAUGCGAAAACGAUGAAACAGCUUCGUUCGCGAAUGGAUACCGAUGUCGAACAAGUGCUUAAAUGGGUGAAGAUCAUUAAAGGAAAGCUCGAAGCGCUGGAAAAGUCGAAUGCGGUGAGUCGGAACACUCCAGGUUGUGGCCCUGGUUCGUCUGCGGAUAGGACUAGGACAUCGGUGGUUAGUGGGUUGGGAAAGAAACUAAAAGAUAUGAUGGAUAAUUUUCAAGUGUUAAGAACAAAGAUGCAAUCUGAGUAUAAAGAAACGGUGGAACGUAGAUAUUUUACCAUUAUGGGGGAAAAACCCGAUGACGACACGAUCGAGAACUUGAUCUCGAGUGGAGAAAGCGAGAGUUUUCUCCAAAGGGCUAUUCAAGAGCAAGGAAGGGGUCAGAUUAUGGACACCAUUUCUGAAAUACAAGAAAGGCAUGAUGCUGUUAAGGAGAUAGAGAAGAACCUGAUUGAACUCCAUCAGAUAUUCUUGGACAUGGCGGCACUCGUUGAAGCUCAAGGUCAACAACUCAACGACAUCGAGAGCCACGUUGCGCACGCGAGCUCCUUUGUAAGAAGAGGGACCGAACAACUCCAAGAAGCUAGGGAACAUCAAAAGAACUCCAGGAAAUGGAUGUGUAUAGCAAUACUUGCUGCAAUUGUGCUCAUUAUAGUCAUCCUCAUACCACUCUUGCCAACAAUUAUAACUCUCAUUCAAAAGAAGAAGAUGUAACGGCCAAAAAGAAAACAAAACUUGAAAUGUAUUUAUGUCUAACAAAGUUCAGUUUAGAUGGUACAUAUAGCAAGUUUCAGAGACACCGUUAAUUUAAAAAAUUAAAAAACAAAAUAGCACAAAGUUAGAAGAGCAUACCUUCAAGCAUUUGGGCAUUCUAGAUUCUUCUUUCCAAUCAUGUUGUAAUCCAACAAAGUUAGGAACCAAUCAGUUUGGUAAGAGAUUUUUUGUUUGGUUUUGACCAUGUUUCAGUGGCUGUUUUUAAUGAAAUUUCUCUGUUUUUUCUCUUCUUUGUAACAUUAUUGACUUGGAAAUUAGUAUUUAGUGCUGAGUUUCUGGCCCUUAAUGACAUGUUUUACAUGGAUGAUACCAUGAAACUGCAUAACAUAACAUUUACCAUGGUAGAAAAAGAAAAAUAGGCCAAUGCAUAUUUAAAAAAACUAGAUCAAAGCACAAAUAUAUUAUCAUAGAUUGACAACAUAAACAUUUUCUCCAUGUUCAGCACAUUAAUAGGCAUCUUUGAGUUCAACAAUCUGAUAAUUCGCUAAAUUUAUACACUGCUACCAACUUAAUAAUCCUAAAACAUCACAGAGAAUACACCAGUUUCCAGAGAUACAAGAAAAGGGUAUAUUGGAUCGAUUCAAGUACCGGCACUAGGCAAAGCAGCCAUAAAGGAAUUGUAUGAAGAUUCCAAGUCAAAGUGGAGUUGCCUAGCUUGCUGUUCCGUUAGC